AUGAGGAAAAGAUUUUUAUCAGUUAUCAAUUUGGUCGAAAGUAUUAGCAUAGCCAAAUACGACAGCCAGGCUUUGCCCAGCAAAAAGUUGGUGACCGUGCGAAAAGUAGAUGGUAACCAUAACCAUCAUCUCACAAGCGAUGCUCGUACAUAUCGGAUACAUCGAAAGCCAACUGCUGAUAUCUAUGAAGAAGCCGUUUCUUUGUUGCAGUAUAGUGAGAUGUUGAAUGCCAAAGGCGUCAAUUAUAUCACUAGAAGUGAUCCCAAAAAUCUGCAGCAAAUGAAUCGCAUGAGUUCUGAUACGACUUCAUUCAUGACGCAUCUUCAACGCAAGCAGUAUAAUGAGCUUCGUAGAUUUCCGGAAUCAAUUGUUGUGGAUGCUACCUAUGAGAGUAAUUGCCACUUGUACGCUUUGCUUAACUUUGUAGUUGCUGGCACUGCCUCUAGCAAAGAAAGACCAGAUCAAUCGACAAUAAUCCCUGUUGCCAGUGCUUAG